AUGGUCGAGAAGUAUUUCGGCUGGAUGCCCAAAUCCGCACCGGUGAAGCUGCCCGACAUCAGCGAGCCGCGCCAGACCGCGGAGAAGUUCAAGAGCCGCGUCGAUCGCCUUGCGCCCAAACCGGGCUGGGCGGCGGGCUAUCACGUUCCCGCGCGCGGCACGCCCGAAUGGUAUGCGAUGGGCCUGAUCGACCAGAUGCUGGUCAAGGGACAGGACAGUCGUCUCUACCGCAAGCUGGUGGCCGAGACCGGCAUUGCCGGCGAGGUAGGCGGGGGGAUCAACUUCCCGCUGGGCAAUAUGUUCAACUAUCAGGGCCCGAUGUUGUGGAGCUUCAACUUCACGCAUGACGCCAAUCGCAGCCGCGACGAGAUCAAGGCGGCGGUUGACAGCGUAAUCGAGGAUCUGCGCACCAAGCCGGUCUCCGCCGAGGAGCUGGCGCGGGCGCGAACCAAGAUGCGCUCGUCGCUCUACUCGACGAUCGACGGCACCGGACGGAUCGGCCUGAUCGACCUGCUGGCGGUGUAUGCGUUGUUCGACAACGACCCGAACAAGGUGAACCAGAUCGAGGACGGCUUCGCCAAGGUGACGCCGGCGCUGAUCCAGAAGACCGCGCAGGAAUAUCUGCGUUCCACCAACCGAUCGAUCUACGCGAUCGACCCCGGCGCGGCGCCCGCUGCUGCGCCCAAGCCCGCGGGAGCCAAGUAA